AUGCGCUUCUCCCAAAUUCUCGUCCCAAUUUCCCUGGCUACCUUCAAAGCCAGCGGCGUCCUAGCUGGCGACGGUACUGGCGGUUCCUCCGGAGGCCCUGCUACUGCUCCUGCGCUCUCAGCGAAGCAUUAUCCAGGUGUCGGAACCUACAACCCUGCCCAGACUGCAGAGGAAUUCCCCAAACCGGGAUAUAUGGAGGGUCCCGACGAAAUCAGACGCGAAUCCUUCAAGGCUCCAAUGUGCACAAUAACUCUGACAAGGCGGAAUGGAGGCAAGUUUGUCCGGUUUAUCAGAGCCGGCACAGCAGGCGAAUUCACUUAUCAGAUCGAUAAACUCAGUCCAAAGAAGAUGUUCCUUGUCACGCCAAAUUUGCAAACAUGCCGUCCCCAUCAGAUAGAGGGAUCGCCGCCCAAAGGGUGGAAGUUGAGUGGCAGGAAACACAGAAAGUGGGACAGGAUAACGGACGCCUUUUAA